CGCACAUACGGCCACAUGGCCAGCGGCGGCGACAGGUGCGGCGGGGAACCGGCGGCCGGCGCCGGCGGCGAUCUGUACGCCGUGCUGGGGCUCAAGAAGGAGUGCUCCGACGCCGACCUCAAGGGCGCGUACCGGAAGCUCGCUAUGAAAUGGCAUCCGGACAGAUGCUCCUCCUCCAGCAGCACCAAGCACAUGGUGGAAGCCAAGGAGAAGUUCCAGCAGAUCCAGGGCGCAUAUUCCGUCCUCUCUGAUGCCAACAAGCGGUUCCUUUACGACGUUGGCGUCUAUGAAGAAGAAGAGGAUGAAGACAGUUUGCAGGGGAUGGGGGACUUUCUUGGUGAGAUGGCUCAUAUGAUGAACCAGACGCGGCCAACGAGGCAGGAAAGCUUUGAGGAGCUGCAGCAGCUAUUUGUGGACAUGUUCCAGUCUGAUAUAGACUCGGGAUUCUGUAAUGGUUCUGCCAAGGAUCAGUAUGACCCGUUUCAAAGACAGACUCGAACGUCCUCGACCUCUCCUUCGUCGUCACCAUCUCCGCCACCUCCGUUAGCUACGGAGGUAGAUGUACCAUCAUGUAAUGGCAUUAACAAGCGUGGCUCAUCAGCGAUGGGCUCUGGGAAGCCUCCAAGAGCUGGUGAUGUGGGGGCGGGUCAUGCCCAACCUGAGUUUUGUUUUGGGAAGAGCGACGCCAAGCAAGCGCCAAAGGCGCGAGGCGGGAACGCUAGCGGGAGAAGGAACGGGCAGAAGCAGAAACUGUCGUCGAAGCACGACGUUUCAUCUGAGGACGAGAUGCCGAGUCCGCAGCAGUAUACUGUAUCUUAACGGUCGAUGUGAUUGGCUGCUCCUUGAUGUCCAGACCGUAUCAAGGAUCACUAGUAUUGCAGCCAGCAAGCGGACCGCUGGCGCCGGAUGGUAUUACAUAGAGGCGAUUGCCUCGUGGAAGGCUGCCUCGUAUGCCUGUAAGAGAUCAUGGCGUGUAAAACGUCAGUAGAUGCUACCGCAUUAGUUUCGCUCGGCUUGUGCCGCUAUGUUGUAAUGUACCGUGGCAUUGGAUUCUCGAUUGAUGUUCAUUGCUUAUAUGGUAAAGACCCCCUUUAUGGAUAUAAUUGAGAAAAAUGUUUAACUGA